AGCAUCCUCUGAGAGGAAUUCUUGGGCUGGUGGAGCAAGAGAAGCUGUAUCACACGGCAUCUCCAGGAGUCUGAGGUCUCUAUAUGUGUGACACAGAACUGGGGAGGGUCAGAAGGUGGCACGCGUGUGUACAGAUCGCUUCAGAGCUGUCAGCAUGAAGCCCCUCCUGCUGCUGCUGCUGCUGGUGGUGGUCUUGGCCUCUGCCUUGCUGCAGGUCGAAGGCCAUUUGACCCAGUUCGCGGCAAUGAUCUUUCUCAAGACAGGAAAGAACGCACUCACGAGCUACGGUGCCUAUGGCUGCCACUGUGGCGUCGGGGGCAAAGGAGCCCCCAAGGAUGCAACAGACCGGUGCUGUGUCAAACAUGACUGUUGCUACAGCCGUCUGAUCAAACGUAAAUGUGGUACAAAAUUUCUGAACUACCGGUUUGCCAAAAAAGGGAGCUCAAUCAUCUGCAGCGCAAAGCAGAGUUCCUGCCAGAAGCAGGUGUGUGAAUGUGAUAAAGCUGCUGCCUACUGUUUUGCUGCAAACCGGAAAAGCUAUAAGUUAAGGUACCAAUUUUACAACAAUGCACUGUGCCGUGGGAAGACCCCAAGUUGCUGAGAGGACACGAGUGCUGAAUCUUCUUCUCCAACUCCUCUUCUUCCUGCAAGCCCAUUCCCCCUGCAAUAAAGAAAACAAUUCUCUCCCAUCUGAGGGCUAGGUAGGAGCCCUCUGUUCCUGCUGGGGAAGUGAGACCCAUGCCUGGGACAAGUCUGAUUUGCUUCUUCCCUGCAGCCUAGGUAGCAGGACAUUUCCCCACUCCCAUCUGUGGAUUCCUUCUAAGCCCAAUUCUGGUUUAGCAUUAGCAGCUGC